AUGUAUGAAGCUGAAUGGUCCAGAGGACGCAUUGAGAAGCUGAGAUUUAUGGUACUUAGAGGUGAUGAUGCUCUUGUGGAUAAAGCAUGUGGUACAAUCCUGGGAGAAAGAGAGAACAGGAAUACAUUUAAAUUUGGAGAAUUGAAGCCCAGGGAGGCUCAAGUUUGUGGACGACAGGUUUCUGUAUUAAAAACUCCAUCCUAUUGGCUGGAACACUUGAAAUCAUACCUGAUUUUCAGCAAUGGAGUUAAUUCUCUGAAAUAUGAACUGAAGUUCUUUGAAUCACUGUUGUUUCCUGGGCCUCAUGCCUUUCUCUUAGUACAUCGAGAUGUGAAAAAAACUGGUAGAGAGAAUUACCUUUUACAAGCUCUCAUUGAUGUGUUUGGGGAGAAGGUCUUGAACUAUUGCAUGGUAUUAUUUAUAGAUAAGGCUAGGCACAAUGAUCCAAAUCAGAACUACUGUUUGAUGAUGUGUGGAGGCAGAUAUUACAUUUUACAGAACACUGACCAAAGUGUUCAUCACCCAAGACAGGGGAAACCGAGACAGCUAGGGGAAACCGUCAAUAAACUGCAGAUGACUGAAGGUGUCACCAGAGAUAUUACAACUCCUCUCUUAAGCGAAAAUGAGG